AAGGACAGCAGGGACUUGCAGCCAAGAUGCCUGGGGGUGCCCGCGACCCCGCGAAGUAGCGCAGCGGGUCCGGGCCGCACGGGUGUCAAGCUCGGGAUGCAGUCCAUUGCCAUUGCCACUGCUUGUACCAUUUACCAUAAGUUCUUCUGUGAGAUCAACCUGGACGCCUAUGACCCCUACUUGGUCGCCAUGUCUUCCCUUUACUUGGCCGGCAAAGUGGAGGAACAGCACCUGCGCACUCGUGACAUCAUCAACGUGUCCAACAGGUACUUCCACCCGGACAGCGAACCCUUGGAGCUGGACUCUCACUUCUGGGCGCUGCGGGACAGCAUAGUGCAGUGUGAGCUCCUCCUGCUGAGAGUCCUGCGCUUCCACGUCUCCUUCCAGCACCCACACAAGUACCUGCUCCACUACCUGAUUUCCCUCAAGAACUGGCUGAAUCGUUACAGCUGGCAACGGACCCCCAUUUCCGUCACCGCCUGGGCCCUGCUGCGGGACAGCUACCACGGGGGGCUGUGCCUCCGGUUCCGGGCUCAGCACAUAGCCGUCGCGGUGCUCCACCUGGCCCUGCAGGCCUAUGGGGUCGAGGUGCCCGCCGAGGCCGAGGCUGAGAAGCCGUGGUGGCAGGUGUUUAGUGACGACCUUACCAAGCCAAUCAUUGAUAACAUUGUGUCUGAUCUCAUUCAGAUUUAUACCAUGGACACAGAGAUCCCCUAAGGCCCUGGUCCAGGCCUGCCCACAGAGAAGCCCGGGAUGCUCGGCUGCCUGGGGACAGCACCACCACAUGGCUGUGACAGCUGGUCCCCAGAGGACCAGCCGGGAGGACUGGUUUUGUGCUUCUGGAGACAGGCGGGCGAAGGCGAUGACGUGCUGCCACUGGGGCUCUCAUGCUUUGACUGUCCCUGGCAGCUGCGGUCCAGACGGCGAUGGGGCCGCGCGGGAGCCGCAGUCGUGCGGGCAGGCCGAGUGGGCCAGGGGACGGGCCCGCAAGGCGUCCCUGUCUGCUCUGUCCCUUGAGAGGGCACCAACUGCAGUUGAGCCGUGACAUCAUUGGAAGGAAAAAUCAAAGAACAGAUGAGACUGUACCCUUGGGGAUUUUUUAAAAGCCAGAUUUAUAGAAAGUAUGAAUGUGCGACAUAGAUGGAAUUAUAUUUUGUGUAAUAAAAGAUGAUACAAACCAAA